UUGACCUGAGGUGUAGUUUAUUGUAGUUUAUUGUAGUUUGUAGUCGUUAUUAAGUGUAAUAAAGCUCGGCGUCGGGAGCGGUGUGUGAAAGCGGAUGUAAAACUGAUCUUUAUUACAGUAAAGAUCCGCCCGUGUCGUUAUAAUAAAAUGGGUUUAAUAGAGGUAAAGGGUGUUCUUUUGCAGAUUCCGGAGCUGAAGCACGCGUCGGUGUGUAUGAGAGCCAGGGAACGAGUGGAGACCAUUAUCGAACACAUGCGGAGAGAAGGACCUAAUGCACUGCAGGUACACACACGUGUCCGUGUGGGUUUCCUCAGGGUUCUCCGGUUUCCUCCGAGAACGUGUGAUGUGAACGUGUGUGAGUGUGUAGUUGAUUUCUGACUUUGACAUGACGCUCACCAGAUUUGCUCACAACGGGACACGCUGCCCUACCUCAUACGGUAUUCUACACAGCAGCGCUGUCAUUAGCGAGGACUGUAAAGCCAAGGGUGUUGUGCGUGCAUUUAAGGGCGAUGUGAUCCACACGUUUAAUAAAAGAGAGGGCGCUCUACAGAACACACAGCAGUUCGUACACGAUCGCAGCAACGUGCUGCUGCUGGGAGAUUCGCUGGGAGACCUGGACAUGGCCGACGGCGUGCAGGGCCUCCGCAACAUCCUGCGCAUCGGCUACCUCAACGACAAGGUCGAGGAGAGGAGGGAGGUGUACGUCAGGUCUUACGACAUCGUGCUGGAGAAGGACGAGACGCUGGACAUCCCAAACGCAAUACUUAAUUACAUCACAGCGGAGAAACGAGACCACGGGCCCGUCUGAAAGGUCACCCAGCCAAUGGGAAACCAGCAUCCCAGCCAGCAGCCAAUCAGGAUUAAGCUGGGGUUCGGAUCAUCUGUAAUAACGUGUCUUUUAUUAAUUUUUUCCCCUCAGAUUUUAUAUUAUUUUUUAUACAUUUUUAUAAAUUGGGUGAGUUUCUCAUAUCUAAACAUUUGAGAUAUUUUCGCUCGUACAUUAAAACGUCCAUCUCCACUCUACGCUGUAAUCUAGUACAGGAGAUAAACCCGUAUGUUAUUCACAACGGAACAUAGAAAACAUAUUAAAAUGUUUAAACUGAGGAAAUGGACCGUUUUAAGGGGAAAAUAAGGUCACUUUGAGUUUGAUGGCCGCAACACGUCUCAAAAAGUCGGGACUGGGACAACGAAAGGCGUUUUUUAUACUCAAUCACGUUUCUGCCUGUCGCCAGUUUACCUCCAGCUGUUUCUUUCCAGUAGCACUUUACUUUUCCAGCCUUUUGUUGCCUCCCAUUUGUGUAAUGUAAAUUAUAAGAGAAUUAAAAAGUGUUUUUGACCUUGGAUACACUAAAACAUGGACCAACUGAAUAAUUUGCGCACAAAAAAAGAAUUCAGUAACUUUUUCACCUGACUUUUAUUUUUAAAAAUCUCAUUUUAAGAACUUGUAUAUUGUCUUCUUUUUUAUUUUGUCUGAAGAAUCAGAAGCUCGUGAAUGUAAAAGAUGUGGCAGUGUCCUUGUUUUCCAUCAAUUCAGAUAAUCAGCGCCCCCUGCUGCCUGCCAGGUGAACUUCAACUACAGUAACGUAGUUAAGUAAGAGAGCAAAACUAGAACAUUUAUUUAUUUAUUUGUUUAUUUAUUUUUUGAACUUAUUUUGCAGCAAAAACAAAAACCUGCACAGUUUAUACAAAGGAACAUUUCCCAGUUCACACCAAACAGCUUUAGUACAAAAUGGAAAAUAAAAUAAUAAUAAAAUAAUGUCUGUCACAUCUUUCCAUGUGUACGGAAUGGAGAACGAAGGCCACAUUAUUUUCUAGUUUACAAAAUACAAAUAAUACAUUUUUAAAAAACAGUGCAAGUCCACUUUAGAUGCGCUGAUAUUUUUCAUUUUUAGAGCAAAAGACAAAAUCCUGAGUGGUUUUCGUCUCCGAGAGGAAUUGGUUUAAUGUGUGUGUCUGUGUGUGUGUGAUGUCUGAUUCCAGCCUAAAUGUGCCAGAUAUGUUUAAAAUCAAAUAAAAAAUCAUGUUGACGCUUUUGUGAGAUGAAAAAGUCUGUAAAGAACAUAUAUAUAAUAUAUGUAGUAUAUAAAUAUCAGUAUAUUGCAUUAUAUAUUUUGCUUUGCACAUAUCAGCAGGAAUGCACAGCAAGAUGUGGACUGCAAUAAAAAGAUAAAGUUUGUAAUAAAGUUUUGUGGAUUUUUUGACGAUCGUUGAUUUUGAAAUGAUUUUUAACAGCCUCAGAUGUUUUAGUGCCCCCUCACCUCUCUGGAACGGUUCCACGAAUAAACUCGUUCGAAAUAAAACAGCUGGAGACAGAGGUUCUGCCAAUGGGAUGUGGUUUAAUAGCGUUUUUAAAAGCUCCGUGUCUAGAGAAGGUCAUAAAUAACAGCACGUCAUGUGAUGUUUUCUACCUCACUUAAUACCAUGAGUUUAGGAUUUCAAGGAAACAUCACUAGACAUCACUACAGUUCUGAUCCUGGUCUCGAUUUAUAUCUUAACUCCAGAACAGCAGAUUUCUGGACCUGACACCAUACGUCUCGUACCAGUCAUCGCUCUCUUCGUCGUAGUACUCGCAGUUGGAUGUGGUGCUUUCGUCGCUGUAGCCGCCAACCACGUACAAGCGGCCGUCCAUCACCUGGAAGAAGAAGAAGAAGGCGGCGUCAUGGUGAAGAGGUACAUGACUAAUUUCAUCAAUUCAUUCCAGUGCUUGGAGUUAGGAAGUCUGAUGGAUCCAGCCUCGGUAAAAGAAAUGAUAAAUUAGUUAGCCAUGUGGUGUUUGGUGCGUUACCUCGACGCCAAAGUUCCUUCGUGGGUUAAACAUGGAGGCAAGCAUUCUCCAGGAGUUGGUAUGAGGGUUGUAGGCUUCGACGCUCUGCAGACUGUGGGCUCCAUCACAACCCCCGAUCUGUAAAACCAUACAUCUUAUCUCAAUCGAUGUGCAUUAAUAAAAGAAUACAAACCAUGCUAACAGAAACACGCCUCCUUCCCAUCCUUUACAGAGCAAUUACAGAAACUUCACUGACUCUCAGUGCUUUAAGUUCUUACCGCAAACACUCGGUUGUUCAGAGCGAUGAUGCUCACGACACUGCUUUGGAUGGGCAUCGGUUCGAUUAGCGUCCACUGAUCGUAACGAGGGUCGAAACACUCGGCCGUGAAAAGGCACUCGUUUCCAUUGAGUCCUCCACAGAUGUAGAUCUAAAGGAACCCAAAACCAAGAAGGUUCUGGGUGUUUCCAGUUCAAGCUUUCAGGUUCCCUCAGGGACUGUAACAUUUUAAAUAAUGUUUAUUUAUUUAUUUAAUUGGUGCAGUCGUGUUUGGAGCAGCUCUGAGAACUUGACUGGUCUAGAAGAUACUAAGGACUGACUUGUACCUUGUGUUGUACCCACUGAUACCUUCAUGCCCACCAUGAAGCUAACUGCAGGUCAUGAUUAUCUACAGCGCUGUGCGUUAACCGACCUCCAGGUGAACACUGAUUGGUUGGCGGAGAAGAAGUCUGGAAAAGUAUAACUUGUUGGUAAAGAUCAGUGAAAGUGUGCACAUUUCACUCUUACCUUGGCCAGUAAGGUCGUCGACCGGAACCUCUAGAAUUCCAGCAUUCUUAGAACCAGCUCACGCCAUAGUGAAGGAUCUCAGAAUCAACGGUAGCUUCUCUUAUUUAUUUAUUUAUUUAUUAUUGAGGGACAUUGUUUUAUAUUUAUUAUUAUUAUUGCUGUACUUUUUAUUUAUCGGAGAGAAGCCUGUGAAAUAAACCCUCUGCUUCACGUCACUAAGCUGUGGCCUCAAACUACAUGAUUUCAUGAUUAGUGUUUAAUUUAAGUUUCCCAACAUCAAACACAGUAUAUUAUAAUGACAUUGAUAUUAUAAUAAACCCGGAAGCACCACAUUCACCUGUCUGAAUACAUCACACAACUUUACAGAUUUUAUUUUUAAAGAAAGAAAGAAAAAGAAUUCUCAUUGUUUUAACAUACAGCACGCCAUGUUUCCUCUCGCUGCAAUCAGACUUAACUCUUGAAAUGCAAAAGAACUAAACAAAAAUAAUAAAGAAAUGUUAUAUACAAUUAUAGAAAUGCAUUACUUAUAAUACCUUUCCAGCAUCACUCUUAUAUAAUAUGUCAUCUGAUUUAUGUGUACUGAAUAUAAAUAUAAACUCUGAGCAUCUAAAUAAAAUAAACAAUAAAAAACAAUAAAAUAAAAUGUCUCAAAACAGGUAAUAAAUGAAUAAAUCCAGUCAUUAUAUCUAGAAAUUAGAUAAUAAAAACUAUUCUACAGGAGGCGCAAACAUGAAGACAAGAAACUCACAUUUAAGUGUCACUCAAAAGAUCGUAAAUAUAUAUAUAUAUAUAUUUAUAUACAACACAUUACAAGCAUCUUUAAAACAAUCCCUGAGGUGAUCAGACGAGUGCGUCCAGUCUGUUCAGGUCAUGGAUGAUGUCCUUUCUUCUCAGCGUGAUGUAGAGAUACACCCGAGUGCUCCAGAACACCAAACCACCGUACGUUCUGCU